UGGUUAGAUCCCGGACGCUUCACGCGGGAAAGAAGUAAUCUGAGGUGGCAAAGAUGGGAGACACACUGGAGUUCAACGAGAUCUAUCAGGAGGUGAAAGGAUGCUGGAACGACGGGCGGCUGAGGUUUAGCAAACAGUCUGUGGUCUACAAAAGCAGCAAGACGGGAAAGGUGGACAGUAUUUCUGCUCCUGACCUGUCUCUCGCCCAGUGGCGGCGCGUCUGUCUCGGCCACGGGAUCAAACUGGCCACGAGUAACGGGCACGUCUACAAAUACGAUGGAUUUAAAGACACGGAUUUUGAGAAAAUCUCGGCGUUUUUUAAAGCGAACUACAAGGUGGAGCUGUCCGACAAGGACAUGUGUGUGAGGGGAUGGAACUGGGGCACAGCUAAAUUUUCAGGGCCGCUGUUGUCGUUCGACGUUAACGAUAACCCGGCGUUUGAAAUCCCUCUGGCCAGCGUCUCUCAGUGCACAACAGGAAAGAACGAGGUGACGCUGGAGUUCCAUCAGAACGACGAUGCCGAGGUGUCGCUCAUGGAGGUCCGUUUUUACGUCCCGCCCUCCACCGGAGACGACGGCACCGACCCCGUCGAGGUCUUCUCUCAGAACGUUCUCUCUCAGGCUGAUGUUAUUCAGGCUACUGGAGAUGCUGUGUGUAUCUUCAAAGAGCUGCAGUGCCUUACGCCCAGAGGAAGGUAUGACAUUCGUAUCUAUCCCACCUUUCUGCACCUGCACGGCAAAACCUUCGACUAUAAGAUCCCCUACACCACGGUCCUGCGUCUCUUCCUGCUGCCGCACAAGGACCAGAGGCAGAUGUUCUUCGUGAUCAGUCUGGAUCCACCUAUUAAACAGGGUCAAACCCGCUACCACUUCCUCAUCCUCCUCUUCUCCAAGGAUGAAGAUGUUAACCUGACGCUCAGCAUGAGCGAGGAGGAGGUGGAGAAGCGCUUCGAGGGAAAGCUGAGUAAGCACAUGUCCGGCUCUCUGUACGAGAUGGUGAGCAGGGUGAUGAAAGCUCUGGUGAACAGGAAGAUCACGGUGCCAGGAAACUUCCAGGGGCACUCGGGCGCUCAGUGCAUCACCUGCUCGUACAAGGCCAGCUCGGGGCUCCUGUAUCCUCUGGAGAGGGGCUUCAUCUACGUCCACAAGCCCCCCGUGCAUCUGCGCUUUGAGGAGAUCUCCUGCGUCAACUUCGCCCGAGGCACCACCACCACGCGCUCCUUCGACUUCGAGAUCGAGACCAAGCAGGGCAACCAGUACACCUUCAGCAGCAUUGAGAGGGAAGAAUACGGCAAGCUCUUCGACUUCGUUAAUGCCAAGAAGCUGAGCAUAAAGAACCGAGGAUUAAAGGAGGAAAUGAAAAAAAAGUCCGAGGGCUACAGCGAUUCCGACGAGGACGAGCACGAUGCCUAUCUGGAGAGGAUGAAGGAGGAGGGCAAGAUCCGCGAGGAGGGCGACGACUCCGACGAGGGAGACAGCGACGAGUCCUUCAAUCCUGGAGAGGAGGAGGACGAGGUGGCUGAGGAGUACGACAGUAACGCCUCGGUGAGCGAGAGCGAAGGGGAAGACGGCGACAGCGAGGGCGAAGGGAAGAAGAAAAAGGCGGAGAAGAAACCCAAGAAGCCGGCGAAGGAGAAGAAAGAGAGGAAACCACGGAAGGAGAAAAAGGUGAAGGACGCAGCCGCUCCUAAGAGACCCAUGAGCGCGUACAUGCUCUGGCUGAACGCGAACAGAGAGCGGAUCAAGUCUGAGAAUCCCGGAAUCUCGGUCACUGAGAUAUCCAAGAAGGCCGGAGAGAUGUGGAAACAGCUGGACAAGAGCCGCAAAGAGGAGUGGGACAAGAAGGCCGAGGAGGCUAAAAAACAGUACGACACAGCGAUGAAGGAAUAUAAGGAGAGCGGUGGAGGGGCGUCGUCCGCUCCCGUCAAGGAGAAGAAGAAAGGCGGGAAAGCCGAGGAGAAGAAGAGGAAGGCGUCGGCGGAGCAGGAGAAGGAGAAGGAGCGAGGAGCGAACGAGAGCUUUAAGAGUAAAGAGUUCAUCUCCAGCGAGGAGAGCUCGUCCGACUCCGACUCGGGGAAGGCCAAAGGAAAGAAACGCAAGGCUGAUGAGGAGGAGGAGGACGAGGAGGAAGUCGCAUCCACACCACCCAGCUCAGAAGACGAGUCGGGCUCAGAUUAAGACGUCUAGAUCUACCUCUCAGAACGCCAGUGCACUUCAGCAUGUUCUCUCAGGCAUCACAGUUACAGUAACACACACACACACACACACACACACUCUGACAGUUCCCUGGACCAGGUUCUUGUGCCUCUUGUGAUGUUUACUGGGCAUGAGUUGGACGUUUAUUGUAUUUCUGGGGCUGAAUCAUGAAUCUGAAAUAAUAUUUUUCCACUUUUCUAAGUGCUGAUGUGCAGCCUGAUGGAUUUUCUUUCUUUAUUUACCUUUUUUCGGGGAAUAUUUGAGAGGUUCUGUGAGCAGUUGUGUUAUUUUUUUCUCUUUUGAACGAGCCUGAACUUUAAUUUGAUUUAAAUAAUGUUUUUGUUCUGUUUUAGGUCUUUUUCAAAGCUAAUAAAUGUUUUUUUGUAUUAAA